AUGGUCAGCCUCACCGAGCUCUGCCCGUUGUCCCUGGAGAUCGUGACCCGGCCCUGGAGCGACGCAUCCCCAUCUGCCCUUGUCCCCGCAGGGCUCCGGGCGGCCGUGACCCUGCUGGAGUGCGGGGGGGACCUCCAGCCCCCCGGGGGGUCCCUGCGCCUCCUCUGCCGAGGGGCUGGGUUCGAUUUUGGCAGUUUUGGAAUGUUCUGGAUCCGCCAGAAAUCUGGGAAAACGCUGGAAUAUGUCGCCAGUAUCAACAGUGGUGACAGCACCCACUACGCGCCGUCGGUGCAGGGCCGGUUCACGAUCUCCAGGGACAACGGGCAGAGCUCGGUGACGCUGACCAUGACCGACCUCCGGGACGAGGAUUCCGGCGUCUAUUUCUGUGCCAAACGCAGCACUGAUUAUUAUGGUGCUGCUGGUCCUGCUCGUAUUGGCAGCAAUUCUGGCAGUGGCCUCACCACCCAAUGGUGGUCACCCAAUUUCUCCAUUCCUCAAAGAUCCUGCCCCAAAUCCCAGCCCUUCCCCUCCGAUCCCGGCCAUUUCCCCCACACUCCGCCCCUGCUGCCCCAGCCCUGCGUUCCCCCCAGUUCUGACCAUUUCUCCCCAGCCUCGCCCUUCCCCUCGGUCCCAGCUGGGAGCGGGGAUCAGCCCAGGGCAGCACAGCCAGCUGUGGCUGCAGCUGGCGCUCUGCCGGCCCCUCCAGGAGCUGGGCUGCCCUCGCUCACACCCAGCUGUUCCAAGGGACCAAAUCCAGGAACUUUCUCUUUCCUUUUCCGGGCCCCAGCAGCGGCCGGGGAGGAAGUGGGGGGAGGCUGCGGAGCCCCGACCUCGCGGCGUCGGCUCCUCCCUCCCACCGGGGACCUCUCGUCCUCCUGCCCGGCCUCCAGCUCCGGGAGCUGCUCCUCGGGUUGGGGCUGGAAUCCUCUCGCUGAGCUCGGCACAUUGUGACCGCCGUGAUGAUGA